AUGUCCGAAAAAGAGGCGACUCCCAAAAAGCAGCCCGCCCCCUCACUGUCCGAGCUUGCAUUCAAGGAAGUUUGCCGUCAGAUCGAACAAAUUUUUGCUGAUGAAAAAGGGUUCGCCUCAUUUUUCUGUGGGGGGGAUCAUCCCUAUCAGAACCGGGAAGCUGAUCAAUAUCUAUUGCGACAACAGAACCAAGACCAAGACCGGGGAGAAAAAGAAGAAAGGAAAGAGGGAAAGAAAAACAAUAACAAGAGCAACAACUCAAUUCACCAGCUGGUUGCUGGCUGUGAACCUGCAGGCUUUGGAAGAGAAUCCGAGUUGGUCAUAGACUCCGAAUACCGAAAGGCAGGGAAGCUGGAGUCGAGUAAAUCUUCUACCACCUUUCACCCUGCAGACUACGGUAUCCUUGAUCAAGUUUCCCAGAUCCUAGUUCGCAAUAUCGACGCUGGAAAUGCGUGGCUCGUACCUCGAGGGGUUGAGGCGGAGCUUAAAAAACUGAAUGUCUACUCAGGCCCAUCUAGUCUUUUCCGGAAUCAUAUUGACAGCACGUGCUCCGAGAACCAGAUUGGUACUGUGGUAGUUUGUCUGCCGUCACCAUUCAAAGGUGGAAACUUGACCGUUGGCCACAAUGGAAGCUAUGUGGAUUUUUCAUGGGCAGACCACAGCACGGACAGUAUCCAAUGGGCUGCUUUCUACAGCAACUGCGAGCACGAGAUCAAGAGAGUCAGCGAAGGCCACCGCAUCACCAUGACCUACAAUCUGUGGAGGUAUCAAAGCCCCCCUAUUACAGUCCUUGAUGCUAGACCCUUACCGUUGUAUGGUCUCUUGAGAGAUACUCUUCAGACUCCGGGUUUCAUGAAAAUAGGUAUCUACAGGCUCGGGAUAUUUUAUGCCCACGCUUACCCCCACGCAUCUCCGGCUGUUAGGAUGUUUCUUCCGCAGUAUUUGAAGGGCGCCGACCUGUGCAUGUAUACUGCGCUCCACUCAUUUGGGUUUGAAGUCAAAGUUCUGCCCGUGGUGGUUUUGACCAAUGAAAUUCUUCCGUGGAUCCCAAACGAGACAUACUUUAGGCACUGGGGGGGGUGGGGGCAUGGUACGGAGGAGAAGGAAAAGAAGUACAAGAAGCCUAUCACCUGGAUUUCGACCCCACAACAUGCAGCGGUUGCGAUGACCUAUGAAUACAAUCAUUACGAGCAUCCAUCUUCUAGAGACCUCAUUCAUUCUUUUGCUGCGAUCAUGGCUGAGAUUCCUGCAUGGAUUGAGAGACAGCCCAUUAUGCUAGAAGAGACCAAAUGA